AUGGCGGUGGAGCGGCUUCUGGCGUGUGAUGGGCUCCAAGUGUUCCUGGAGUUUAGUGUUGGUCAGGUCAACUUAGGCAGGGUGCACAUCAAGCUGUGGGGCCACCUGCGUCGUGCUCAACAUUUCCUUGCUCUUUGCCUGGGAACUUUAGGUCCUUCUUUUUUAGGAACGACGCUUCUGGAGAUUACCUCUAGAGGUUGUCGAAACGAAUCUGUGACGGCUGGAGCCUACAGAGCACCAAACGGGAGCAUAAGCGCCGAGAGCCUGAUGAAUGGAGUGGGAUGGUGGGAUGGUGUGUAUUCCGAGGAGCGUCGAGCUGGCCUGGUGGUAGCCAGUUCAGGUGGGAAAGUGCACUAUGCCUCGCACUUUGGCAUAUGUACUAGUGCAAACGCUAGCGGCCUGGUGCGGUAUCCCUUUGGUGAGGUGGUGUCCGGCCUCGACGUGGUGAGGGAGAGUGCAAGUUAUAUCCCCAUAAAUCAAGUCGAAAUCAGUGGAUGUGGACUCGUUCUCCAGUAG